AUGUACGCCAAAGGUAAAGGAGCUGUCGUGCCCUCUGAUAGCCAAGCGAGAGAAAAGUUAGCUUUAUAUGUGUACGAGUACUUGCUGCAUGUUGGUGCACAGAAAUCCGCACAGACCUUCCUGUCAGAGAUCCGAUGGGAGAAGAAUAUCACACUAGGAGAGCCGCCCGGGUUCCUGCACUCUUGGUGGUGUGUAUUCUGGGAUCUGUACUGUGCAGCCCCGGACCGGCGAGAGACAUGUGAACAUUCCAGCGAGGCCAAGGCUUUCCACGACUAUAGUGCAGCAGCAGCCCCCAGUCCUGUAAUGGGCAAUAUGCCUCCUAAUGAUGGCAUGCCAGGCGGGCCCAUGCCUCCCGGCUUCUUUCAAGGUCCUCCUGGUUCACAGCCCUCUCCUCACUCUCAGCCUCCCCCACACAACCCCAACAAUCCCAUGAUGGGACCCCACGGUCAGCCUUUCAUGUCUCCACGGUACCCAGGGGGACCCCGCCCAUCACUCCGCAUGCCAAAUCAGCCUCCUGUGGGUGUUCCAGGGUCACAGCCACUCCUGCCAAACAGUUUGGAUCCCAGACCACAAGGACAUCCAAACAUGGGCGGCCCAAUGAGGAUGAACCCGCCCAGGGGGAUGGGAGGCAUGGGCCCACAGAACUAUGGCGGUGGGAUGAGGCCCCCUCCUAACUCUCUUGGUGGCCCAGCCAUGUCAGGAAUGAACAUGGGUCCGGGCGGUCGAGGUCCCUGGCCAAAUCCUAAUGCAAACUCAAUAGCAUACUCAUCCUCAUCACCUGGAAACUAUGUGGGGCCUCCAGGAGGUGGAGGGCCACCAGGAACGCCUAUCAUGCCAAGCCCAGGAGACUCAACAAAUUCCAGUGAAAACAUCUACACUAUGAUGAACCCUAUCGGCCCUGGCGGCAACAGACCUAAUUUUCCAAUGGGGCCUGGCCCUGACGGCCCAAUGGGUGGAAUGGGGUCAAUGGAACCACAUCAUAUGAACGGGUCACUAGGCUCGGGGGAUAUGGAUGGGUUGCCAAAGAACUCUCCAAACAAUAUGGCAGGUAUGAAUAACCCCCCAGGGACUCCGCGGGACGAGGGAGAGAUGGCAGGCAACUUCUUAAACCCAUUCCAAAGUGAAAGUUAUUCACCCAACAUGACGAUGAGUGUUUGAUUAUUUUUCCCCGUUUUGUUUUUUUUUAUUUUACCUUUAUUUUUUUUAUUUUUAAUUUUUUUUUUAUCCCUCCUUGCUUUUCUUCCCUUCCCAUUACACUGCAUCCGGUGGGUUUUAUACCCACUUUUUGUCCUGUCUCCCCCCUUCCCAUAUCCUCUGCUCCUUUUGUAACACUCUGGGUUGGCGGGGGGUGGCUCCCCUCAGCCCGUCGUUAUGGUUACGGAGCGCAGGAUGCCUGGCCGCUCUCCCCACUCCAAAGCUGGCAGGGUGGCAUCCGCAGGACGAAAGCAGGCCACAAGCCACAGAAAGAAUCUCCACUCCACCCCCACCUGUCUGCCUGGCUUCCUUACCGGCCCGGGACACUGAGGGUCCUGAAAGUAUGGGUGUAUAUGAGCGUGUGUGUGUGUGAGUGUGUGUGUGUGUGGUUUUCUGUAUGGGUGGGACUGUUCCAGAAAAACUCACAGCAAGCUGCUGCUGCUCAGCGCCAAGGCUGGUGGUCUAAUUUCAGUCACAUUUGAUUCUCUCUCCUCUUUAACGUUUUUUAACGGCAGUUGACGACAGAGGCUGGAGUCGGUCCACUGCCGUGUACAUUCUGAAACAGAACAGCUAAACUGGUGAUGAUGGCGCCGGGGCAGAAACGGUCUCCUCAUUAUAUAUUUGUAUAUUAUUGAUUAUAUUAUUGUUAUGAUUUUCAUAAUUGAUAUUGCUAUGAUGUAGUCAUGAUUUUAUGGAUUUUUCCUGUAAAGGGCACAUUUGUAUCUCAACGACAUUGAAGACAGAAUAAGCACACACUCAAGAAUGCACAAUGACACCUCUGUUUACAUGAUUUUAGGUAUUUGUCUCUUUUUUUGUUUUGUUUUGUUUGUUUGUUUUGUCAGAUGUCUCCUUACAUAUACCUCUUCCUGUGUUCUUCAUGGAACUGAUGUCAACACUACCAGAUUACCAUAGUAAAAGUGUACUUCUCAGUAUUUGAGUCUGUAUGAAUUUGAUGGCUGUCUGCUUAUCACAUGAUUACAAUCACUGUCAGCACUGGAUCUGAAACAUUUGUAGAAUAUUUUGCACCCUCCCAGAUGUUCUUUUUUUAGCUGUUUUCGUCAUGCCUGACCUGUGCGUUCAUGUGUUGUCUUCACUGCGUUUCUAUCAUGUAGCAUGAAAAGCUUAUUGCACUGUCAGUAGGCUUACUUCCUAAAAAUGACUUGCUCUAAUCUUGCCUUGUCAAAGCAUCCCAGCUGUUAUCAGUUCACCUCUGUUCAUUGUAAUAUCCCUCACAGUUACAUGUAAGCUGUCAUUAAUGUUUAUUGUGACUUUGGCAUCAUGUAUUGAUUUCAGAAUGAUUUUGAAUCCUUUCAAUCCUGAGUGCCUGGAAGAGUGGAGAGAAAAUAUAAAUAAUGAUAAAAAAAAGUCCUCCUACAGGCUCCAUGGCAGUUCCUCAUGUUUUUAUUUUUAAGUCCCUUGCUUGUAAAUACAACCUACUUCUCUUGUUGGUCAUUGAGUCUCAUUUGUAUUUUCAAUACACUACUUGUCUGUGAA